GUUGAAGCUGGUUAGACGUCCCCUGUAUCCUCCCCAGUGUGGUACGGUCCGAAGCUGUAUAAGGGUCUGUCCUGGUGGGGCCUGGUCACUGUACGAGACGGAAGGGGCGAGAUCAUGGCAGCAGGAAACGCUCACAUUGGGAAGCCGGCCCCAGAUUUCCAGGCCACAGCUGUGGUGAAGGGAGAAUUCAAGGAAAUCAAGCUGUCAGAUUAUCGGGGUAAAUACGUUGUGCUGUUCUUCUACCCGCUGGACUUCACCUUCGUCUGUCCCACGGAGAUCAUUGCCUUCAGCGAGCACGCCGACGAGUUCCGCAAGAUUGGUUGUGAAAUCAUUGGGGCCUCUGUCGACUCCCACUUCUCCCACCUGGCAUGGACAAAUCUUCCUCGCAAGGAAGGGGGUCUGGGACCCAUGAACAUUCCUCUGUUGUCUGACCUAAAGCACUCCAUUUCCAGGGACUACGGUGUUCUGAAAGAGGAUGAUGGUGUUGCGUUUAGGGGUCUGUUUAUCAUAGACAACAAAGGGAUCCUCCGUCAGAUUACCAUCAAUGAUCUGCCAGUUGGCCGCUCUGUGGACGAGGUCCUACGCCUGGUGCAAGCAUUCCAGUUCACCGACAAACAUGGAGAAGUGUGCCCUGCGGGCUGGAAGCCAGGAAGCAGCACCAUCAAACCUACAGUGAAGGAAAGUAAAGAGUUCUUCUCUAAACAGAACUGAGCCAGCCCCCUGCUCCUCACGCCGUGAUGUGUUACCUGUGACGGGUGGAUUCUGCCCCUUUAAUGUGCACUGACCUAUUGUACUGUUCAUACUGACACUCCAGUCCUCCCUCUCUGGGUUCGGGGGACAGCACUUAGUUUUUUCCAACUUUAAUAAAGUGUUACUAGUUA